UCGGGCGGGCCGGUGCACAGAGCAGCGUGGUCCAUCCUGUGACUGACUGACACCCGCCGGGGAAAAAGUUACUCUGAGUUCGCGGACACACUGCCAACAUGUCUGGAGAUGACGAGACGCAGGAGCAGACCAUCGCCGAUGAUCUGGUGGUCACCAAGUACAAGAUGGGCGCCGAGAUUGCGAAUCAGGCCCUGAAGACUGUCGUUGGAGCGGCUACGGCCGGAGUCUCCGUGCUCAGCCUCUGUGAAAAGGGAGAUGCUUUCAUUGCGGCAGAAACUGGGAAAAUCUUCAAGAAGGAAAAAGAUAUGAAGAAAGGUAUCGCUUUUCCUACUUGUGUGUCAGUUAACAACUGUGUAUGCCAUUACUCCCCUCUGAAGAGCGACCCAGAUGUCAUACUCAAGGAUGGGGACCUUAUCAAAAUCGAUCUGGGUGUGCAUGUCGAUGGCUUCAUCUCAAAUGUGGCUCACAGCUUCGUUGUUGGAGUGACCAAGGAAAACCCACUGACCGGUCGGAAAGCUGACGUUAUCAAAGCAGCUCACCUUUGUGCUGAAGCCGCUAUUCGUCUUGUCAAGCCAGGAAACCAGAACACACAGGUCACAGAGGCCUGGAACAAGAUCGCAAAGUCAUUCAAGUGCUCCCCUAUUGAGGGCAUGCUGUCCCAUCAGCUCAAACAACAUGUGAUUGAUGGGGAGAAAACGAUCAUCCAAAACCCAACGGACCAGCAAAAAAAGGACCACGAGAAGGCUGAGUUUGAGGUGCAUGAGGUUUAUGCAGUGGAUGUGCUUAUCAGCACUGGAGAGGGGAAGGCAAAGGAUGGAGGUCAGAGGACCACCGUUUACAAACGAGACCCCAACAAGGUGUACGGCCUGAAGAUGAAGACAUCUCGGACUUUCUUCAGUGAGAUGGAGAGGCGCUUCGAUACGAUGCCUUUCACCCUGAGAGCGUUUGAGGAUGAAGGCAAGGCCAGGUUGGGUGUGGUGGAGUGUGCCAAACAUGAGCUGCUGCAGCCAUUCACUGUGCUGCAUGAGAAAGAGGGUGAGUUUGUUGCCCAGUUCAAAUUCACUGUGCUGCUCAUGGCCAACGGACCUCUGCGAAUCACAAACAGCCUCUUCGAGCCAGAACUCUACAAGUCUGAGCAUGAGGUGGAGGACCCCGAGCUGAAGGCUUUGCUCCAAAGCUCAGCCAGCCGUAGGACUCAGAAGAAGAAGAAAAAGAAGGCUUCAAAGACUGUCGAGAAUGCAACAGGACAGGCGAUGGAGACUGAAGCUGCAGAAUAGAUUCUCCCUCUCUCCAGGAAAUUGUGACCGACAUCUGAUGACCCAAAGAACAGACGUCACGAAUCCUUUUGUCCCAGCUGUCUGAGGCAUUUGUGGGCAUAGCCGCUGUGAAUACCUCUGAAUCUAACUGAUGUCAGUCUGGGAUGAUGCUGCUCCUAAAUUCUGCCACUCCGCCUAAAAAAGAAAACAACAAAAAAACACACACACACACGUGCGUCCCCAGUAAAUUUUACUGUCCUUGAGACAGCCUUAUUCUCCUAACAGUGGACAUGGUUCUACUACAAAGGAGAAUAUUUUGUACAAGGGCAUAUUCUCACUGGAACAUUUCACCAUUCAACCGACCUUAAGCCUUCCAUUCAUUCUCCACAAUAACUGUAGUGAAAGAUGUGGAAUGUAAAAUGAGUUUUGACAGAGCGGCCAAGGAUGACGAAGACACAAUACUGUGUCAGUGUAAUUGUGUGGCAUUUGGAUAUCUUCCUUUAGACCAUGCACCUGAAGCCACACCUUUGAAAUGAGUGUAAACUUGUCGUGGGCAUAAGUGGAAACACCUGUCUCAAACCCUGAUGUCGUACAACAUUCACGCAAUUUAUAGGCAUGACAUCAUUAGUCAUCAUUACUGUUGAAUUCAGCUCAAUUACGGCAUUUAUACUGCUCUUGCUUAGGUCUGUGCACUAGUUCAUUGUGUAUGCUUCUAGGCGUCUACUGUAGGUUACUCAGCUAACAAUUUCUAAAACUGACAUUUUAUGACCUACUGCUUCAGUUAUUUAAUGAGUGAGCAAUUAAUUUCUUUUUUCAGUCGUGGAUGGUCUUAACUCCUGCCAAGGGUUCAGCAUUGAGUCUUCUGGUGCCACCACUGAGUCUGACAGUCUGUGUUUACAUAAGAAUUCCAUACCUGUUAAAUAUAUGGAUGCUUUUGUAAAACAAAUCCCAGUUUCAGAGACUAUUUUUGGAAACAUUAAAAAACCACCUGACAUCA